AUGAUUUUCUCUAGCAGGUCUACUUCCUCCGUUUUGAAGAUUUCUCACCUGCUAUAUGCUGAUGACACAAUGAUUUUCUCUAAUAGGUCUACUUCCUCCGUCAGGAUUCUCAAGGGAUUCCUUCACUCCUUCAUGGAAGCUUCGGUGCUCAAAAUCAAUCCUGCCAAAAGUUCCUUCAUAGUUUCCUCAAAGAUGGCUACUAACAGGAUUUAUUGUCUUGAAAGGGAGUCUAGUUUUUUGAGAUCUUCCCUGCCGUUUCUCUACAUCGGAGUCCCUCUAUCCAAAGGACGUAUCCAAGCUUCCACCUUCCAGCCGUUAGUUGAGAAAAUUUUAGCCCGUAUCUCCGGGUGGAAAGCGCGAUUCCUCAAUCAGGGUGCCAGGAUUGUGCUAAUCAAACAUGUCCUCUUGAGCAUUCCGAUUCACUCCCUUGCGGUGGUCGACAUCCCGAAGCAGACAUUAUGUUCCCUCGAGAAAGGGUUCACUGACUUCUUUUGGGGAUGGUCCGAAGGGAAGAAGAACCUACAUUGGGUGAAUUGGAAGACUAUAGUGGGCCCCUCUAAAGGAGGAGGGUUGGGCAUCAAAGGAGUUAGAGACGUCUCUUCAGCCCUGAAGUUAAAGAGGGCCUGGACUAUCUUCGUCGACUACCAGAGCAAUUUAUGGGCCAAAUUCAUGAGAACUAAAUAUGAGGCUGUCCUGGUUGAGAUUAGUGUGAAGAAGAAGGGCAUUCAUCUAGCUUCCUCCUGUGUUUGCUGCACGGACAAUAGCUGUAAGGAGGAAUCCCUUGACCAUCUCUUUGUUGACAGCGAGAUCGCUUUUGCUCUAUGGUCUUAUUUCUAG